CGUCGCUUUUCUCAUGCUUUUGCAUAGCUUAUGUUGGAAAUGAUCGAAUUUGUGGGAUGCAGGGACUGUGGAUCCAUUGGAUUCACGGUCUAACAAUACCAGACAGAUAACUAAGGGAAUCUUGUUGGGAAUCCCCAUGCUUCAAACUUUCUAGGUUUUUUCUCUCAACUUUCAUGUGUGUCGGAAGAGUCUUCACCGUAGCACUUGCUGAAGAGUCGAGCUGUUCGCUUCGCAAAUUCUAACUGCGUACUGUCAUUGUUAUGGUUGCGCGACUACGUUGCCGCUGGACCAUUUUAAUAGCUGUCAAUUUGUGCGUCAAGGCAUUCUCGAAGAUCAAUUUCUCCAUCUCUUACUACAUUACUGCCUUCAACCAUCGGCCAUCAUGGACUCUGAUAGUCAAAUCAAUUUGCGGGUCUACCCAGACAAAGUUCAACAGUCCUUAAACGAAGCGAUUGCAUUCCAGCAAAAUUUAUAUGAGCUAUCAAGCGAUUGGUUAUACUAUGAGAGCGAUCAGCAUGAAUAUUUGAAAGAAAAUAUACGUUAUUCGCUUUUCGGAGCAUCGGAGACUGAUGCCCUUUCAACAAAUAUAGAUGUUUAUACAGGAGAUCCAGUUCCAACUGAACUGUUGCCUGAGCAAGCGAAGUUAAUCGAUAUGAUAUAUAGUCGCAUACUCGAAGUGAGUAGAUGCAGGAACUCUCUUCACGUUGGCAUAAUAUUCAACGUCUUGUGCAAUCUUAAGGAAAAAGAAGAUAAGUAUGUGGCUCCAGUGCCAGUAUUUAAGGUAAAGAGAUGUAUGGAACGAAAGGAGAGCCUGAAAACUGGGCCACACGCUCCAGUUUCAAACAAUACAAUCGGAAGAACAGCUCUAUACCCUUACUGUGUUAAUUACAUUGACUCAGAGGGGCGGAUUUAUCAAAACUGGACAGAUUAUGUGACCAACAAUACGCUUCCUAAGUGCAUGAUGGUACUUCCAAUGGGUGGAUACUACCAGGCUAAUCCACAUGUAAAUAAUACAGCUGAUAUGACUUAUGUUUGGGUUGAAAUUGGUCCAUCUCCAGGGGCUGCUAAGAUUUUAUCCUGCCUCGAUGUCGCAAGCACUAUCUUAGGGGUUGGAGCACUUGGUAUUGGCGCGGCAGCUCUGGCAGCACCCGCUAUUAUUGCUGCUCCUGUGGUUUUAACAGGUUCUGUUUGCGGUGCUGUAAGUGGGGUCUGCGCAAUGGUCAGAUCUGGUCAGCAAUUGGCAGACCGCCAUCAACACCAACAGUCUAUCUCUGUGAUGGAUGAAACAGCACGUUCCGCUUGGUUUGGUGUUGUAGGUGGUGUGGCAGGAGGUUUAGCAAGUGGGUCUACAAUGAUUUUGAACAAGGCAGUCCGGGCAGGUCUGACAAUAGGAACUGCGGGCCGAACUACAUUUAAUGUAAUCACUAUCGGUAAUAUAGUUAUAAAUGGUAUGGGAAUUGGUAAUGGAAUCUACAAUAUAUAUAUGAAUUACCACAACAAAAAACAAAUUUCUGUACUUGAUGUAACCCAAGUAAUAGCGCACGUAUUGUUCUUUGGUAACGCUGUGAUAAAUUUUCAUACGGCUAAAACUAUAAUCAAUAAUACUCAGCAACAAGUGCUUCAAGAUUAUGAACAGUCACUGAGAAGUAACAGACACAAAAAAGCUUUCAGACAGAUCAGACGUAACACUCAGGCAUGUAGCGGCGAUCAAAUUACUGGAGACUCUGAGAUCAUUCGUGGAAUCCGAUCGAUUCAAAAUAAAGAUGAUUUUUUUGCUGGAGUUGUUAGAAACAAUAAAGUAUUUAGGUCGUCGAAUGCUGAAGUUACGUUCAAAGAUGGUCAUGCUAUGAUCAAUCACAAUGUAAAAUUUGAUCCCAUUGAUUUAUCUCAGCAAACACAGCAAGUAAGAGUCAAUACUGUGAGAGCUGUAGACCCUUUUCAUGUAUCACGGAGUACCAUACCAUCUCCAAAUAGAAUGCCAGUGGCGAACUAUGUAAGGCAACUUGGCUUGAUUAGAGAAAGUUUUAAAUCUUUCACGUACUAUGCAUCAUUUCCGAUAUCUUUUGAAAGCAUGAAUUAUAUUGGAAAGCUUGUAAUUGACAUGCAAAACUUUAGUGACAUUGGAUGUACGAAUUUAAUUACGAAUCUCGCAAACAUUGCGCAACAUAUUCUUAGAAAAAGCAAAGAAUUUGCAAAGGAGUCAAUGGAUAAAUUAAUGUACGAUAUUUGGAUUGGGUAUGUGAGACCAAAAGUCGAGAAUCUGUUUGCAGAUUUAGGCAUAGAUGCUAGUCACAUGGAUCGCUGUGAUAAUUUAGCAGAGUUUUUCUUCGAUACUGCACGUGAGAUAAUUGAGGACAUAUAUAACGAAAUAGAUAAUUUUUUGGAGGAAAUAAAAGUGAGCUUUUUAAGAACUUCUCAGUUGCAAUCAGAGGCUGCUGUCUGCAGAAUUUGCUCAGGGCAUUUGCUGAGCGAUUAGUACUCAGUUGCAUGAGUUUUUACUCCAAGAGUGAGGAAAGUGCCUUAAAAAUACUAAAUGGAGCUAAUUAAUACAAAUCAAAUACUGCUCACAAUUAAUAGUAUUACUAACUAUUUAUAAUUUAGCUCUAAUAAUAUUACUCCAUUAGCCAGAUUGUACCAUCCUAAUGAUUUUAGGACUGUGGUAAACAAUAAAAUCAUUUGCACAAUAUAA